UGCUGCAGUACCUGACCUCCACCUGUGGGGGCAGCACUGAGUUCUGAGCUCUGGAACAGCAGAAGAAGACGUGACUGCGCUGCGGGAGAAAUCAAAAUGUCCGCUCCGAAAACCAUCCCGAAAGAUGCUCAGGUGAUGAUCCAGAUCCUGAAGGACAUGGGCAUCACCGAGUACGAGCCACGAGUCAUCAACCAGAUGUUGGAGUUCACCUACAGAUACGUGACAACCAUCAUCGAAGACGCCAAAAUCUACGCCACGCACGCCAAGAAGUCCACCGUGGACGCCGACGACAUCAAACUGGCCAUCCAGUGUCGUAUGGACCAGUCGUUCACGUCGCCACCGCCCAGAGACUUCCUGCUGGAGGUGGCCCGACAGAAGAACCAGACCCCCCUACCGCUGAUCAAACCCUACACCGGACCUCGACUCCCUCCAGACCGCUACUGCCUCACAGCCCCCAACUACCGGCUGAAGUCUGUACAGAAGAAGGUGUCGUCGUCCGCUGGCAGGAUCUCGGUUCCUCGUCUCAGCGUCGGUGCCGUUUCCAGCAGACCCACGACGCCGACACUCGGAACUCCGUCCGUCCAGUCGGUCUCCACUAAAGUCGGCGCUCCGGUGUCUUUAACAGGUCAGAGGUUCACCGUUCAGAUCCCACCGCCCUCCCAGACGACCACCACCAAACCCACGACGCCGUCUACGCCCGCCGUCUCCAACGUCCUCAUAAACCCGUCUCUGAUUGGCUCCAAGAACAUCCUCAUCACCACCAACAUGGUGUCGCAGAACUCCGGCGGCGAGUCGCUGAAGAGGAAACACGAGGACGACGACGACUACGACGCUCUAUGACGCCGACGACCGCUUUUACCAACCGACCCGCUAGUUUUCUAGAACGUUCCUUUAACCAGAGGAAGCUGGACUGACGAUUCAAACCUGCUCUGAUGUGAUUCCAAUAAAAACAGCUGAAAUAAA